AUGGGUCAACAGAGAAAUGAUAUGGCCAUUGAGAAAUACUUUUUAAGGGACUAUUUCACGGUUGGGAAUGUAAGAGACAAUUUUGUUGACAAAUCCGUUCUUAAGUGCCGAAGAUAUUUAAGUAGCACUUCGAAAUUUCAGUCUACAGCUCCUCUAUCAUCCUCAUUUGGAGUUGGUGGGAUUUUAACAAUGGAUCUAAUGUUUCAUCACUCUGGGUCUACACCAUCUGAUGAAUCAGCCUUGGAUUUGGAAAGAGUUUACUGUGAGCACCACCACCUGAAUCUGGCUUCACCAAGUCCACCUUUACAAUCUUUCGCCACUACAUCAGCUGGUCAACUCUCUGAAACCAAUGCUGCAUACUUUUCAUGGCCUACUUCUAGCCGAUUAAAUGAUGCUGCUGAAGAUAGAGCUAAUUACUUUGGAAAUCUUUUAAAGGGUGUUUUGCCUGAAACUCUUGGUCGAUUGCCAACUGGACAACGUGCUACUACAUUGCUUGAACUUAUGACAAUCAGGGCUUUUCAUAGCAAAAUCUUGCGCAGAUGUAGCCUUGGAACUGCAAUUGGGUUCCGUAUUAGGCGCGGAUUACUCACAGAUAUUCCUGCCAUUCUUGUGUUUGUAGCUCGCAAGGUUCACAGACAGUGGCUCAGCCACAUCCAGUGUCUACCCUCUGCUCUUGAGGGACCUGGAGGUGUGUGGUGUGAUGUAGAUGUUGUUGAAUUCUCUUAUUAUGGAGCACCAGCAGCAACUCCAAAGGAACAGUUGUAUUCAGAGCUUGUGGAUGGUUUGCGUGGAAGUGAUCCCUGCAUAGGCUCGGGUUCUCAGGUUGCAAGCCAAGAGACAUAUGGAACCUUGGGUGCCAUUGUUAAGAGUAGAACUGGAAAUCGACAGGUGGGUUUCCUGACAAAUCGACAUGUGGCAGUUGACUUGGAUUAUCCAAACCAAAAAAUGUUCCAUCCUUUGCCACCGAGUCUUGGACCCGGUGUGUACCUUGGGGCUGUUGAGAGGGCAACUUCAUUCAUCACUGACGAUCUUUGGUAUGGAAUAUUUGCUGGGACAAACCCAGAAACCUUUGUACGAGCAGACGGGGCUUUCAUUGCGUUUGCUGAAGACUUAAACAUAUCAAACGUGACUACAUCAGUGAAAGGAAUCGGUGAAAUUGGUGGUGUUAAAGUCAUAGAUUUGCAGUCUCCAAUCAACAAUUUCUUGGUUGUGGGUGAGAACCAACAAACGUUUGAUCUUGAAGGUGAUAGCGGAAGUCUCAUUCUUUUAACAGGACAAGACGGGGAAAAACCGCGGCCUAUUGGAAUUAUUUGGGGUGGGACCGCCAAUCGUGGUCGUUUAAAAUUAAAAGUCGGCCAGCCACCAGAGAAUUGGACAAGUGGCGUUGAUCUUGGACGCCUUCUUGAUCUUUUGGAACUUGAUCUUAUCACAACCAAUCAAAGUCUUCAAGCUGCAUUGCAAGAUGAAAGAAAUGCAUCGGCAGUAGGGAUUGAUUCGACUGUAGGAGAAUCAUCUGCUCCUGAACAUGAACAGACAUCACCAAAAGAGAAGUAUGAGCCGCUUCGGAUAGAUAUAAAUCUCCAGGAACCUACAAAAGGAGAUGAAGGUGGCACAGUGGAACAUCAGUUUAUAUCAAGUUUUUCAGAAACAUCUCCAUCUCCUCGCAAAUAUCAUACUUUUUCUCCACAUGAAGAAAUUUCUGUCAGCCUACACUUGGGUGAACCCGAACCCAAGAGACAAAAGCAAUCUGACAAAUGAACAACUUUUCAUAUUCAGCUUGUAUUGCAAUUAUCUAUUCGUUUCCAAUUCAUAUUUUCAUAAUUUGGAUGCUAAAAUGUUAUUAUAAAAAUGUUCGGUGUCAUUGUUUUUGUGUACUUCUGUUGUAUGUAACCACUCUUGAUAGAGUACCGACUAUUAGGCCACGUUUGUUCAAAAAACAAUAUCUACUCGGAGUCAUG